AUUGACCUCCUCUUCCAACAGCGUUUAACUUUCCGAACGCCAGAAGCAAUCUCUCUGAAGAAGUGAACUUCUUCCAAUUAUUUCAUUACGUUUGAAGGUCGUGAUAUCUUUGAGCCACAGAACACGUACCAUCGUGGAAUAAAAGGAACGCAAAAGAAUUCUAUAUCGACAACGAUUUCUCUGUGAAAAUUCAGAUCAGCAUGACUUCAACAGGCCUUCGCGAAUCUUCAAAUAACGUCUUCAAUGGAAAUGAGCGUGGUAAAUUAGCCAAAAGGGGUCAAAAUGAGAACAUAGAGGCCAGAAAAACCGAAGUCUUGCCUGCCAAGCGCGCUGCUUUAGGGACUUUGUCUUUAAACAACAGCAUACGAAUUCAGCCAUUCAGAGCUGCUAAGGCGCAUCAAGCAAUAUCUCAUCGACAACUAAGCGAGGGGCAUGUUGCUUCUUCGUUUAACGCCCCUUCGCAAAGUUUCACGAUAUACGUUGAAAAUGGUGAUGAUAAUGACAUUGAUAUUGGGAAAAGCAUCAACAAGUCCACUGAAGCAGGCCAUAACAAAUCAUUAUCUUCAAGAACUGACUCUCUCAGUCUAAAUCCUGUUGUUACAAAGCUUAACAGGCAACCGUUAACUGAGGUUUUCCCUGCCCCUAGGAUUCCAGCAUUUUCAAAUGACUCCCCAAUGCAUCUUGACUUGAGCGAUGAUGAAGAAAAUCAAGCAGUGAAUGCUGAUCAUGAACCAGUGAAAGACAUUGAUUCGAACUGUGAUGAAAUUAUUGAAGUCCCAGAGUAUGCUGCAGAAAUUCACAAAUUCUUGAAGAAUGCAGAGCUAAAACACCGACCAAAACCUGGCUACAUGAAGAAACAACCAGAUAUCAAUAACAGCAUGCGAGCUAUCUUGGUGGAUUGGUUAGUCGAGGUUUCGGAAGAGUACCGACUUUCCACUGACACGCUGUAUCUGGCUGUCAACUACGUUGACCGUUUCCUUUCGUCCAUGGUAGUCCUUCGCAAGAAACUCCAACUUGUCGGGACGGCGUCCAUGUUGAUUGCCUCAAAACUUGAGGAAGUUUAUCCUCCAGAAGUUUCCGAGUUUGUCUACAUCACCGAUGAUACGUACACGGAAAACGAAGUGAGGAAAAUGGAGAACCUGAUCUUGAAAGUUCUCGAGUUCGACCUUUACGUCCCUACAAUACUGUCGUUCCUUGAUAGAUAUGAGAAGGCAGCCGAUGUUCCAGAGGAUUCAAGAAGGAAGUUCAAAUUCUUAACUGGGUACAUUUGUGAGCUCACACUUCAAGAUGCAGACCCAUAUUUAAAAUACAGUCCUUCAACUAUUGCUACGUCAGCCGUUGUCCUGGCUCUUCAUAUACUUGAGCUUCCUUCGUGGACAAGUUCGCUCGAAUAUUACUCUGGUUACAAGCACGAAAGCCUAAACGACUGCAUAAGCGAUUUGCAUCGAACAUUCUCUAUGGCACCAAAAAAUCCACAAAAGGCAAUUAGAGAAAAAUACAGUGAAUCGAGAUUCCUUAAUGUAGCGAGCAUUCCGUCGCCGAGUUCUGUACCCGUAGCGUAACCAAUCACAAAACGCUGUAACGAAGAACAUGCAGAACGACCUGCAAUGCAUUUUUCUAGUGAAGAAAAUUCAAUCGGAUUUGUCACCGUGUUCUCCUAUUCCCUGUACAUUUGUAAAUAUUUUAUGAAAGCGAAUAUUUAGUGUACAUACUUACCCUCUGUUAGGGCCUUUUUUUGGAACUAGGUUUUUCUUAUCCGCGAGUCUCUAUGUGCUCAAAUUGAAGUUUUUGAUUUGAAAACGAUGAACUGCAUGUUCAAACAAAACAUUUAGGUUUAGGCAGAUCGUAUUUAAGUAGAAUUUUUAACCUAUGUAAUUAUUGAAGUUGAACUUAAUUUUACUUUUUAAUAUGUAUAUGAGCAAAAAAAAGUGCCCGCAAA